GUCUGCCUGCCCCCCGACACAAACGCUACAUUCAGCAGCCCAGAGGAAACGGAAAAGACGAAACACUCGGGCCACACAAUUCGAGACUUCAAACCCAGGACCGUGGAAAGAACACCGAUAUACCCUCUUGUUUUUAUCGGCUCUCAACUUUGGACCGCUCCAUUUUUACGCGCUCUGUUACGCACGGCCUCCCCACAGCUGUACGCAUCUGGCACGGCCGUAGAACGCGCACGGAGAAGGGGGUAGGCUAUAGAUAUGUCACCCCAAACCCCGCAGUCUCCGGUGAGGGCCAACAUCCUCAAGUUCCUCAAGACUUUUUUGGGAAUCUUACGGGUUUUGCAGAUCGUCUUCGGCGCCGGAUUGUGGGUAACCAUCGCCGCGAAUAAAUACGAAGGCUCCAUUCACUUUGUCCUCUUCGUCGCGGUGCUCUUCUGGCUUCUCACGCUCGCUCUCUUCUUCAUCACGCUGUUGGAUAAGCAGGAUUUGGUGCCAGUAGUCGGUGGACAACGGUGGCUCUUAACGAACUUGGUCCAUGAUGUAGCCGCCGCUUUGCUCUACCUCCCGGCCAUUGGAAUCAUGAUCUACAAGACCGAGCGGAACGCGUACUGCAACCUGGUCAAGUACCAGCACAUGUGCCUGUACAAGGUCUACCUGACGGCCGCGGUGUUCGCCUGCCUUGCGUGCGUCGCCUACCUCGUGUCCCUGGUGUAUUGCGCGUGCAGGAAAUGCCGAGGAGCGCAGACGGUCAUAUGAGGAGAGGUGGUGAGGUGGAGAGGGUCGUUACGCGCGGGACUAACCGAAUUAAUGGAGAAUGGAUAUAGGGAAAGAGGAGCAAAGAUGAGGGAUAGUUCUUCACUGUAUCUUUACGGGGCAGACAUUUCUUUUCUUUUUUUUUUAAAUCGAUUUUUUUUUUUUUUUUUUUUAAGAUGGACAAGUUCUAUUUUUUUCUAACAGUCAAUAUUUAGCAAUCUGACUUUUGCAACUGGUUCAUCCUGUUGAAAUGUAGUCAGUGUUGUAGUCCAGGACAAGUUUAGGCCACAUGAAACACCAUAUCAAAACUGGGACAAAAAUUUAACUAAGCCUGGAAGUAAACAUGGACUAAACCAGGUUUGGAACAGGACUAAAUCACGUAUGCAUCAGGACUAAACAGGGUUCAAACCGAGACCAAAUAAAACAAGCGUGGAUGCAUCUUUAAACUGGGGCUGUACUCAGAAUUAAACCUAGACUUAGACCUAGACUAGGACUAAACCAGGACUACAACAGGACCAAACCAAGUCAGAGCUAAACUAGGAAUCAGGACACGUGUUUUGGUUUAAACCUGGUUAGACCUGGUUUAGUUGUAGUUAAGACAGAACUAGUUUAAUCCUCUUGUAUAGCUAAUGUUUUUGUUUACUGCAUGUUUAGACCUGAUUUAGUCCAAACAUAGACCUGUUUUAGUCCUGGUUUAGUCCUGGUUUAGACCUGCUUUAGUCCUGGUUUAGUUUUGCUUAGUUCUGAUUUAGUCCAAGUGUAGACCUGUUUUAGUGUUGGUUUAGUCCUAUUUUUGUCAGAGUUUUGACCUGGUUUAGUCUUUUUUAGUCCUGGUUUAGUCUUGGUUUAAUCCUGGUCUACUCCAAAUGUAUAUCUGUUUUAGUCCUGGUUUCGUCUUGGUUUAGUCCUGGUUUAGUCCAAGUGUAGACCUGUUUUAGUCCUGUUUUAGUCUUGGUUUAGUCCUGAUUUAGUCCUGGUUUAGACCUGCUUUAGUCCUGGUUUAGUCUUGGUUUAAUCCUGAUUUACUCCAAGUGUAUACCUGUUUUAGUCCUGGUUUAGUCUUGGUUUAGUCCUAAUUUAGUCCAAGUGUAGACCUGUUUUAGUCCUGGUUUAGUCUUGGUUUAGUCCUGGUUUAGUCUUAGUUUAGUCCUGAUUUAGUCCUGUUUUAGUCUUGGUUUAGUCCUGAUUUAGUCCUGGUUUAGACCUGUUUUAGUCCUGGUUUAGUCUUGGUUUAGUCCUAAUUUAGUCCAAGUGUAGACCUGUUUUAGUCCUGGUUUAGUCUUGGUUUAGUCCUAAUUUAGUCCAAGUGUAGACCUGUUUUAGUACUGGUUUAGUCUUGGUUUAGACUUGGUUUAGUCCUGGCUUAGUCCUAAUUUAGUCGAGGUCUAGUUGUUGCAGCAAAAUCCAGCAACAGUAUUUUCAAAUUGAACUGAAAACGGUAAAGAACACAUUUAACAAAGUGUCUGUUUUUUUAAAUUGCAUGAAAAGAAGUAUUAAUGAAUCCCAUAUGCGUUGAAUGCUUUGUAAAUUCCUAAUGAAUUUUACAAUCUAUCCAAAAGGUCAUCUGAUCUGAAGCUGUCAUAAACAUGUCCUACAUCCUGGUACUUAUAAUAGGCUUAUAUCUUGGUCCAAUUCUUAGACUAAUUUCUAACUACACAAGUUCUAUUUUUGUGACCAGUAUUGCAUUGUUUGUUUUUUCUUCCUCAUUUUGUACCGAUUUUUUAACAGUGGAAUUUCAAAGAUUAUAUUUUUAUGUUUUGUACUGUUUUAUAGCAUAGUAUAACAUAGUGAAAAAGGUAACAUAUUUUUCUCAUGGAUUUUUGGUGUUGCUGUUGGCUGUAAUUUGAGAUAACAUUAUGUCUAGAAGGCAGGUUUGUACUAAGUGAAGUGUACUUUUGUGGGCCAGACGCAUUACGUUUUUGGGCAUAAAUGACUGUUAUGAAGUUAGCCAAGAGUACGGUUAUGUUUUGAGUAAUUUCCAAGUGCCUCCUGUCUACACCCUGUGCCCUGUUGCCUAAAAUGGUCAACAAAGUGCUCUAGCAUAAAGUACAUGACACAAAUAAAUGAAACUUAAGUGGUA